AUGAGCACAGUCUACACUGUUGCCGCUUUCAUCGGAGCUCUGGCACUUUCUGUAUUUUUAUUUAUUUUUCUCUGGAUUAAAGACACACAAAGAUUGAAGAGAGAAGUCAUUGAAUUGAAGAAAAAGGUUCAAGAUUUGGAGGAAUAUAGGAUGAUGAGACCAUAUAUGCCUUUGAACUGUGUGAUCCCGAUGAAACCCGAUAAAAAAGAGAAGAAAAUCGAUGAGUUUGAAGCGAAGAAAGAGAAAGAGAUACCUGUUUUUCCGAAUGUGAAGACACUCAAAAAGGAAAAACCGAAAGAAAGUGUCAAGAAGACUCUCAAAAAGAGUGUGAUGAAGAGUGCAAAGAAAUCAAAAACGAUUGAGACAUCAGAAGACUGUACUAAAUCGGAUGAAACCAAGAGUGCAGCAUUCGAGUCACCUUCUGCAGAGCAAGAAAGCAAGACGACUAAAUCUUCAGUUGCAACUCUCGAUUUGGCGAAAACUCAAGAGAAAUCUCCAAUUGAAGAUGUUGCAACUGCUGAGUUACACGUGGCUUCGAAAAGGAGAUAUUGA